AACGGUAGCCGCAGCCAACUUGACGUACAUCUCUCUUUCCGGUUUAGGAUUUUGUUCCGUGUGCUUGUUCUCUUUCGAGCUAAGGCCGAUUAUUAUAAAACAUUAAUUUUUGGCAACUUGCACCAAUUAUUAAUUAAUAAACAUACAGUUUAACCAUGUCGACAAAAGCUGAGCUCGCCUGCGUAUACGCUUCCCUCAUUCUGGUUGAUGAUGAUGUUGCCGUCACCGGUGAGAAAAUCUCGACCAUUCUGAAGGCCGCCAACGUUGAGGUUGAGCCCUAUUGGCCCGGUCUGUUCGCCAAGGCAUUGGAAGGCAUCAACGUCAAGGAUCUGAUCACCAACAUUGGCUCCGGUGUCGGUGCUGCCCCCGCUGGCGGUGCUGCUGCCCCUGCUGCUUCUGAUGCGCCCGCCGCCGAAUCCAAGAAGGAGGAGAAGAAGAAGGAAGAGGAAUCCGAUGUCUCCGACGAUGACAUGGGUUUCGGUCUCUUCGAUUAAGCAGCAGCAGCAAUCCUUGCAACAUCAACAAACGUCAUUCGCUGUUAUGUGUAAUUUGAAAAGUGAAGUUUUUACUUUUCCCACUUUUCGUACACGUUUUAAUGUACAACUGCUUGGAAAUAUAAAAAAGAUUUACUAAACA